AUGAUGCCGACGUCUUCACAACAAACCGUGAGUGGUGUUGUUUGGCCGACUGUUGUGGGACUUCCGGGACGCAAUAAAACGCUGCGUCAGCAAUCCGAUAGCACGGAACGGAUCAUUGACAGUUGGCCUAACUGCCGCAGACCUGGAAACUCCUUUGAGGCGCAGCGCACGGGUUCUUCACGUAAGUCUCUGGAGGUGCCCUGCUCGCCUGGAAGCCGGAAGUCUGUCGAGGUGACUCUUUCACCAACUGGCAGCUUGAACAAAGCCAACAGUUUGUUGCGAGGCCCUGGCAAUGCUGCUGACGGCACAAUCGGUUCGGAGGGCUGGUGGCAUCAUAUGGACCACAGCCAGAUGAACAUGUCACCUACAGAUGACUCCACAUCCAAGAGUCAAACCAAGGCGACCGGCGGGUCUGCGCUGCCAUACAGCUCCGUAACCCGGAAGCAAUCUCUGUGGGCAGAUGAGGAGCCAGCGGCUGCUGCAGCCCCGCCGCUACCGGCGGCCGCUUCGGCCCUCAAGCCUGAAGAACCGACCUUCAAGCUGGCCGAGGCACCUGCACCGACACCGGCGGCCCCGGGAGCCAGCAGUGUACCAGCUGGCAGCAGCAACACUACGGACAACGUUGGAGGCCCCCUUCAGAGCGGGGCAGGCAGUGGCUGGUGGACUCGCAUGGACAACUCCCCCCUCAACCAACCACCUGAAACCAAACCGUUGACGGACGGGGCGGCCGUGCGCAAGGGCGAGCGUGUUAUGGGCGGAGGCUUCACGCCCCAGUUCCACAUUGCUGGUAGCGGCGGGCGUUACGGCUCCAUUUUUGCUGAGGAGUCUGUACAGCCGGCAGCAGAUCAGCAAUCAGGUGACCCUUCCCGGCCGUUGGCGCAGCAGGUAGCUGAUUGGGGCCCCUUCUGCGGCCAGCAGCCGAGCAGUACGGCGGCGGCUGGUAGUGCAUUCGGCGGUGGUGGAGGUGCUGAGGGGGAGGAGGAGGAUUGCUGGACGAGCUUUGCAUCGGCACCCAAGGCCUAA